AUGGAAAAAAAGAAUAAAGAUGUUGUUCUAAUACAGCUUGCUAAUGGACAGAUGCUCUCCAAGUACAUCUUCAUUGACAUUUUAGGCAAAGCAUUUUCUCGAGAUACAGUUGAGAAACUACUCCAGAUGCUUUCUAAGAGUACGCAUAUCUUAAUGAAGGAAAAUAGCAAUGUCAUAGAAAUGCUUACAGUAUCUCUUUCUUCUUUUCCUCUUCCUCAGUUUCAUAAAGUAGAAAAGAAAAUUUCCCACAUAUCUGAACGACCUGAAUACUCGGCUAUUGGGAGAUGGAAUGAAAACUGGGUAGUUGGUGGGAAGCAUCUAUACUCUCACUAUAUUAAGGUACUGAGUGAAGAUCUCAAAUUAGAAGCAAAGUAUCCGAUUUCACAUGCAAUUUAUUGCUUGAUCAUUGUUCAAGACAUAGCUUGUCUAGGAUGCCAACACGGUCUCAAGCUUUUGGACCUCAAAACUUCCUCUAUAGUUGAAUUCUAAAAGAUCUAACAGCCAGUAAUGACUAUUCUGCCAGAUCAAAGAAACCAAAGCAUCAUUAUAUCUGUCAGUGGAAACGGAAUUGUUUAGGUGGUAGAUCUGAACAAAAAAGUACUUGUAUACAGAGUGAAAGUGUGUGAAAAAGUAAAUAGCAUGGUUUACACUUCAACUCCAAACAAAUAUGCCUUUGCGACCAACAAAGGUGUGAUUUUCGGAAUACUUGAUCCUUAGCAGGGCUAUAAGUAUACAAAGGACAAAGAUGAAGCGUACUUCGAUGGCUAAGCUAUAGACUACAUUGCUGAAAUUGAUGGAAAAUAUCUUGUGAUCACCUCACAUUGGGAGUAAGUAAUUGAUGAUGACACAAGCUGGGGUUGGAGGAAUGAAAUCUAAUACUCUUCAACUCUAAUUGACCGGGAGACCAAGAAAGAUAUCAAAUUCAGCGAUGAAAUAUCGAAAGUCUACAGUAUGCAGCAAGUUAAGGGAAGAAAAGACCUAUUGAUGGCAUAGAUGAACGGUCUCUGCUUUCUUGACAUUAAGAAUCUGAAAGUUACUCAUUUAUACAGCAAUGGCUAUUUUGACUAAGAUUUUACAAGCACUUUCUGUUAAGUGGACAACGGGAGUAGACUGUAAAUAGGGAUUGUCUCGUACGAUAAAAAUGUUUCAGCUGUGAAAGUUUGCUCUUUAAAAUAUUGA